UUGAGGGCUUGCUGAGCUGGUGGGACUCCUCUGCACAGCCUCCUGCACCUCCCAGAGCUCGUGGGCAGGGACCAGCUUGGUGCUUGUCUCCAAGGAACUUCUGUGUUUCCAACUGGUGCCACGGAUGGCUCAGCCCAGGGAAGGAGCAGCAAAUGGGAUGUUCAGUGCCGAGAUCUUUCUCACACCUUCCUUUGGAAGUGACUUCUGGGAUUAGCCAGUGCAGAAAGACUGCAACCCUCCUACAGAUCGUCUCUAAAGUGCUUCUCUAGGUGCUUUUGCACAGCUCCUAAGUGGAGGCUUUGUUCCAUGCAUGGAUGAGGCUUCAAAAGACAUGGACAUCGAGUGAGUAGAGCUCUAGUACUGCUGAAAGAUGGAGAACAGUUUUGCAUCUGGAGAAUGUGAUCCUCUAUCUGAUGUGGCCUUAGCUUGGAAGAGUCUUCAGAAAGCUAAAGCAGUGCUACAAAGGAUUGAAAACAAAUUUUAUCAUCAAACGUGGAGUUGUGCCAAAUCACAGGCAGCCAGAAGAAAGCUCUGGUGUGAAAAAGGCUUUGAUGGCGAGAGGAACAGAAACGAAACAGCUUUGAAUGAGAAAAAGAGCAAUGCGAUCCCUUCAGCCUACAGGGGAAGAUCCCGCUCAGCACCUUGCAGCCCUGUCAGGAGGGAGACUGCAGAUGGUGAAGGUACAGCUAGGACGUGGUCUCCUGCAAAGAGCCUGUGCAAACCAAGAAGGGACAAUUUCAGGCAGCCGGCAGAUUCAAGAGGUCGCGCAUUACAAAAGGAGAAGUCUCCCCGCUCUCUGCAUCACCCACCUCACUCCUCUGCAGGGAGCAGACCGUUCUUAGCUGUCCCAUGUGGCAGCUGGAGCAAUGCUCCCAUUCCCAUCCUGCUACCUACAUACUAUCUUCCAUCAGCCAGCACAGCCAGAGAUCAGAAGCUGGAUGGACUGUGGAAAAAAUCACCCCAAAACAAGUUAGAGCAACUCAAGAAGAGAAUCCAGGAGCAGAAGCAAAAGCAGCAAGCAGCAUCUCAGGAGCAAAAGUGCAUGAUUUCUCCUCGUACCAAAGAGCCAAUGCAAAAAAGACCCUUGAAGAGAAAGGUGUGCAAAGUGGCAUCUGCUCCUCCUGCUCUACCUUAUAGAGGUUUUGGUACUGUGAACCUGAGGUCUGCUCUCUACUUGCCUGAUGAAGAGCACAGAACACCAGCCAGAGAAGAAUUUACCAUCCCUGGACAAAGGAGGGAUCAUAAAAAUGUCCUCAAGAUCACAGGUUAG